GUUACGGAAGCCGGGGAGGACUGAACAGAAGGUGCACCUCGAGGAAGUUAACCUCGGAAACCCGGUUAGUGGUGGAGAAGAGCUAAUUCAGGCCCAAUGGCGACUGUGGAAGCAAGCGACAGCGAUGGGAAAAGGCAAGGGGUCGAGAACUCCGUCACUUAUUAUCGAUUGGAGGAAGUGGCGAAGCGCAACUCCAUGAAGGAGAUCUGGCUGGUGAUCCACGGGCGAGUCUACGAUAUCACCCGUUUCCUCAACGAGCAUCCUGGGGGAGAAGAGGUUCUGCUGGAACAAGCUGGUGCAGAUGCAAGUGAAAGCUUUGAAGAUGUAGGCCACUCCUCUGAUGCCAGAGAGAUGCUAAAGCAGUACUAUAUCGGUGAUGUGCAUCCGAAUGAUCUUAAACCUGACAGUGGUAGCAAGGAUCCUUCGAAAGAUGCCCCGUGCAAAAGUUGCUGGUCAUACUGGAUUUUGCCCAUCAUAGGCGCUAUUGUCUUAGGUUUCCUGUAUCGUUACUACACGGCGGACAGCAAAUCCUCCUGAGGAGACCAUGUGGAAGUUGGAAAGCAUAUCCAUUGGGAGUGCGCGCUAGAGACUUGUUUGGAGGCCCUCUUCUCGAAUCCUGCCGGGUGUGUGCUUCCCCCAUGGAGCCCAGAUGGUUGGCCAGACAUCCACCCCAGACCUGGGGCCAGUGUCCUUCAUUUCCCAGAGCCUUACUCCCACAGCACCUGCUCGUUGUUCUGUGUCCCUGCCAGUGGCCCCUCUCUCCGCUGGCUUCACCAGCCCCUUUGUGUUUCCAAACUUGGUUUUAUAAUUACAAUCCAUACGUCCUAGUGACAUUGUACUUUGGUAAAAAUGCCUGCUUUCCAAUUCUUUGAUGUACAUUAGAUAUUCUUAACAGGGCAACACACUCUGGUUUUGAGAUUUUCCUUUUUCCAUUUUUCUUUGAAGUAAAUAUAUAUGUGUAUAUAUAUUUAGUUCUGACUUAAUUCUGUUAUUUAUCAUAAAGGGUUUAAUUAAUGAAGUAAAGUUGCACACCUGUGACUUAAAACAUACCUGCUAAAUGAUCUCGUUCCUUGUUUUUAUUUGUUCAAACUAGGAAGGACCAUGAAAUCCCCCCACCCCCACCCCGAGCUAGUGCAGCAGGUAGCUCUUGCUACCCCUCAGGUCCGCCAAGUGGUGCUGGGCAGAACUGUGCUUCCAUUAUGUUUCUUGGAAGUGGAGAGAAAGAGGGAAGGGGAGAGGUGAAUUGGGGUGAUAGGAUGAAUUCCUAGUCCUUUUCCUUUCACAAAAUAUUGAAGACACUACGACAGGAGUUUAGGAAAAGCACCAAAGAUUUCCUUCUUUUCUUUCCUUUCUUUUCUUUUUUCCCCCCCAAAGACUUUGUGCCCUACUUCAUGUGGCACCACUUUCUAGCCGUCUUCUUUCUUUCCCCCACAACUGUCUUAUUGGUGAGAUACAAAUUUAUAUAAUUCUCCCUGUAGAACUUUACCAGGGAUUUUUUUACUGAUUGAUUAGCAAAUGUUUUCUUUCUCUGUUUUACAAAAGCAAGAGAGUCCAACUUGAUCAGAGAUACAGGAUCAGAUCUUCUGUUAGCCCCAGUAAAUGAACUUCAGCAGUAAAGUGGCCUUCGAAAGGGGGAGCGCGUGACAAGAGAAUGUUUUCCAUUUCAUCCGGGUUUUAUCUCCAUGGCUCCUAUUUGUGGUUUUGUUGUUUUUCCAUUGAGGGGAAAAAGAAAAAAAAAAACCAACGAAUAGUUUUAUUCCUUGGAUGAGUGUUUAAUUGAAGAGCAGGUCAUUAUUUAGAAUUAUGUGAGUGUUUCUUCUUGGUUCAGGAAUUUCUCUGGCUUAUUUGACUUUACUUUUUUUCUCUCUGUGGAACAACCUGAGGAGACAGUGUACAGGCUGUUUUCUGCCAACAACUGUUUGUGUGAUUUUUCUCCCCAUCUUUUAAGGAUUACCAGCCUGCUUCUGAGCCGUUGUCCUAUGCACCAAGGAGCAGCUUGGUUCCAGAAAGACCAUGGACACUACUCAGUAUGUGUCCCUGCAAAGCAGCGUCUGCCCAUGCAAACUAUUUAAGAAAAGGUUCAGCCCACGUCCUGCAGUUGAGUGAAUUCAGAAUUCAUCAAAAUAAUAUUAACCUUGUAUUUGCACGCUUGGACAUGAUGUUCUGGAAUAAAUUUUAAGGGAUUUUUGGCAGACUUUUAUAUAUCAGGGAUGUGGGAAUAGUCAAACUUUUAUCUUUAGAAAAUAUUUUAUAUAAAAUGCCACUUUUAGACACUUUAUUGAGAAAAACCUUUGUUAUUAUGUAACAAAAGUGGUGUGACUAUUGAUGGUUCUCCCAUUUGAAGGCAUAAGGAAGGGCUGCCUUGAAUAAAAAUUGGUAUAUAAUUGCUAUAAUAAUUAAGCUGCAUGAUUACAUGGGCCACAUUGGGGUAGAAAUAAAGAACAAAGGAGUAUUGAGGAGCUGGAAGGGGAACAUUCAGGCUGAAACUAAGCCAGCAGAUAACUUGGAUCAAUUAAAAAUAUGUUGGCAGUCUCCAAAAUGAAAUGAAAAACAUCUGGCUUAUAAGAAAUGUUAAAGAGUGAUAGUCUUAAGUAAAAUUGGUGGGGUGUUUUUGUUUUUAUUUUUGCUUUUGUUUUUUAGGGCAAACACCAACACAAAAGGUAUGUUUUUCUAUUUCAUAUUGGUCUUUUCCUGUUUAUAUCUGGACUUGUUUUUACUUGGAGCCAGAAGAAAAGAUUUUCAGACUUUGUCUCUACCGUCCAUGAAAUCCAUCCAACACCCAGGGCUUCUUUUGAUCUACUCCUGGUGUCACUUUGUAUUAGAGAAAACCCGUUUGGGUCCUUUCACUGUCUACAUCAACAGCCAGGCAAAAGGUAGAGCUGGUGUGUGAAUUUGCAGUGGUUUUUCUAAACAGUAAAAUAAUACAAUAUGUUAGCCAAGGCCAUCAAAAAAGACUGUUUUAAGAGGUAAGCUCAAAUUCUUGAAACAAUCUGGACAUCGGUUGGUCACGAAAACCCUUCUGGAGAGCAAAUGGAGCCAGUUGCUGUUGGCUGACGGGGCCCCCAAGAGCUGGUCUCUGGGGUGAUGGGUUGUUCGUUCCCGAGGAGGACCCAACUGCCGUCUCAUACUGUGCUGUGCACGUGAUGGCUGGAGGUGACAAAAGGAGGAGAUGAGGGAAAACGUGUGCCACCCACAUGGGGAUGGGAGUGCCAGGUCUCCAAAAUUUGCUAGCCCCUGUCCCUUAGUAAUUGGUUUCGGUGUCUCAACAACUCCAUGUCUGUAAAGACAAGAAACAGUGGGGACAAAGCUGAUAUGGUGUUUAGUUCUUUUGCGACCUCUUAAGCAGAAACAAAAAUUCAUUGGAACCUAUAAUUUGAGCCUUUCAAGUUCUUUUAGCAGUUGCCAUAAGUGCAUAUGUUGUGAGAUAAGAGCAUUGUUGAGUUUAUACUCAUGGAAUUCCGAUGCGGAGCAAUGAGAAAUGCUUUAUAUUUAUAGGCCAAGUAUAUCAUUACUUAUGGUAUCUCAUGCUUCAAAUCUCAAGUGAUACCUAUCUGGUUAAAUUCCAUUUUAGGAGAUUGAAAUGCAGAACAUUAACGUUUAUUACUUCCUUCCCUGGGAGAAAUGGAAUCAGACAUGUCUUGUCUCAACAAGAGAUUUUUUUUUUUUUAAAGCCAUCUCAUUCUGUUGCCAAAUAUCACAGAAGUAAUGGGGAGUUUAGUUCACAUUUGGCUGUUGUUCUCUGAAAGGGCCUGGUUUGGAAUUUGUGGGGGUGAUUUCAGAGGGAGGUUCCAGAAAGCAGUGAGAGGUAUUUGUCAAGUUACCUACCAAUAUCUAGCAUCUUACUCAUAAGUUUUAGGAGCUGCUCUUUUCCUGUACCUAUAUUCUACAUGUGCUCGUUCGGCAAAAUGUUUAUGAUUAUUUAACUUCCUUUCUUUUUACUUCACCCUCAACUGUGGAUGAGUAAUAUUAACAUUCCUUUUGUGUAUUCAAUAAUGGAGUUUGUUUACCUAUUUUAUUUCAGCAUAUUUUGAACAAAGAUCUUUGUCUCUUUCUGCUGGAAUGUGCACACAGUGAAUGUUUGUUAGAACUACACACAAUAAAGAUACUGUUUUCCUUUU